UCUACUGCAACUUUACUUGGGACACGCUGACCUGUUGGCCCCCAACACCUGCGGGAGUCAUGGCACGAAUGCAUUGCCCGGCGGGCUUUCAUGGUGUCGAUCCGCGAAAAUUUGCUAUACGCAAAUGUGAGCUGGAUGGCAGCUGGGGCACACGGCCAGAUACUACAAAUAUGACAGCGGAAGCGAUUGCCGCUGGUUGGACCGACUAUGGGCCCUGCUACAGGCCUGAGGUGAUUCGCCUGAUGCAGCAGAUGGGUAGCAAGGAUAUUGAU